GGUCUGUCACUGGUCAGCUCUGUCAUUGAGGGCAACUUUGUGGAGAGCUAUGGUGAAGUCACCGCUGCGAAACUGUCAUUGAAGCGUGCAAUCCGCGAGGAGAAGAUGAAGGCGUUCAGUCAGGUGAUUUCCUCUCCUGACAUCACGCAGGGCCUAUCCUAUCUAGUCCAGAACAGUGGCCUGGGUGGUAUGACUCACAACACUGUGAUGCUCUCAUGGCCAAACUCGUGGAAGACCAAGGGCACCUGGAAGAUGUUUGUCCAAAUCAUCCGUGUCGUGUCGGCAGCUCACCACGCCAUGCUGGUGAUGAAGGGACACGAUCACUUCCCCAGCAAUGUUGACCGCGUCACCGGCCACAUUGACAUCUGGUGGGUGGUGCACGACGGCGGGCUGCUCAUGCUGCUGCCAUUCCUGCUGCGCCAGCACAAGGUCUGGCGAGCCUGCAAGCUACGCAUCUUCACCGUCGCACAGAUGGAGGACAACAGUCUUCAGAUGCGGCGUGACCUGGAGAGCUUCCUCUAUCAAUUGAGAAUCGAAGCUGAGGUUGAAGUUGUUGAGAUGUUGGACAGUGAUAUCACUGCCUACACGUACGAGCGGACAUUAGUGAUGGAAGAGCGACAGCGCAUGGUCAAAGACCUCAAUCUGUCCAGGAAAGAGCAGAAGCGUGAUGUGAAUCACAUUGUCGACUCCGCUCAUGGUCGUGGUGCAUCCCAUGAGCCCGGUCCUGCGUUGGACCCGGCCACACGACAGCCCAGCAGUGGCCAGCUCUCCUUGCCGUCGUUCCAGUCGCGCCCCGACUCAUUGCAAAUGCCUGCGCCGGGUCUGGACAAUGUCCGUCGCAUGAACACUGCCGUCAAGCUGAAUGAGAUUGUCGUCCAUCGCUCGCACAAAGCUCAGCUGGUUGUUGUCAACUUGCCAGGACCUCCCAAAGCUGGAACCGGUGGUGAAGAGAGCUACAUGGAGUUUGUAGAGGUGAUGACAGAAGGACUAGAGCGUGUGCUUCUGGUUCGCGGCGGCGGUCGUGAGGUCAUCACUGUGUUCUCCAGAAAGUUGGAACUCGGUAAACAGAGACUAGAGAAAUUUAGAGAGAAGCGUGACAAGAAAAAGAAGAAGAGGCCUGCCACGGCGUCUGCGGGUGCGAGCGGUAGUGAAGCAGCAACAGCCAGUGAUGUUAGCAGCGAGGCAUCGCAUCAUCAAUCUACGGACAGCGGCAGCGUAGCGACUGCACAGGCGAGGGUCGGGCAUGGUGAGCCUGAGCUGAGUCAGUCCGCUGUUGACAGUGUGACCCAUAAUGCUAGUCAGGAUGGUGAAGUGGACAAUAUCUUGUCCGCGGCUAGUGGAGGCGUGAAGAACACUGAAAGCCAUGAUCUGAGUGCAUCUGGAUCGGGUGAUCUUGGCAACAGUCAGCUGAAUACGUCACACAGCAUCUCACCCAUUCCAGCCGACAGCGAGAUCCUGAAUUUCGGUGAGGAGAACGUCGAGGAGAUGGGAGCGGGCGCUGGCAGUGGGUGUGAAGAUGGUGACCUCCUGUCCAGAGCCAGUGAUAUACUGGCCAAGCAGAGUAUUGACAGUUCUCGCUCAUCUAGCUAUGCUGACUUUGCCACUGCCGGUCAUGUCCAGUACACUGAUAGUGAUGCUAGUAGCCAUGCUGCUGCCGUUGCAUCACACCAACCUGGCUCUGGGCCAGAUGUACAGGCAGAGUUAGCUGAUGUCACACUAAAGCUUCAGAUUGCCGGCGAAGAGUGCGAGCGGCUACGCGAGGAAUGCAUGCGGGCAAGACUGAGCCAGCAGACCGACAGCGAGGCACAUCAGGCUGAAUUGGAUGCCUUGCACCAGACCCAUCAAACUGAGCUACACAACGCCGUCCACGCGGCUGUCGCAGAGUCGGCAGAGGCGGCCAAAGAAGAACUGAGCCAGCUCCGGGGACAAUGGCAAGCGGAGAGAGACGAGUUUGCUACUCAAAUCAAGCAAUUACAUAGUAGCAACGCUGCGGCCAGUGAAGACCGAGACGAAUUCGUGAGUGAAAAGUCUAGACUAGCGGCGGCGGCUCUUGCUGCCGAGCAGGAGCGAGACCAACUGCAGGCUUCCCUGGACGCCCUCAAAGCAGAGUCGCUCAGAGUAGCCAUCGACGUGGAGACCAGAAUUACUUCUCUACACAGCGAUAGCGAGCAGCGACAGUCAAGCCUGGAGAGUGAACUGCACCAUGCCAAGGAACAGCUGGUGGUUCUAAGCAGAGACAAUACUCAACUGGAAGAGACGAUGACCAGUUUGAAACAGGCAAAGGAGUCAAGCCAAGCAAGCCGCGACUCGGCACGCCACGAGUUACUCUUUGUCAAGGAGCAGAAUACACGGCUUGCAGCGCAGGUCCAACAGCUCGAGGAAGCUGCUGAGUCGGCGCAAACUGCGAAAGAGAGUGAAGCCUCCCGUGAGUAUGAGUCACAGCUGGGUCGCCUGCAGCAGAGCAUUGCAUCUUUGGAGGCUGGACACAACGACCAGCUGGCAGAUCUUCAGCGGCAGCUGGACAGUGCUCGGCAGCAGGAGAGGAGCAGUGCAGAGGAGAAUGCGCGUCAGCUGAGUGCCGUUCACAGUGACCGAGAUGCCGUAGAGCUGCAGCGCAAUGCACUGCAGCAGGAGAGAGACCAGCUGCACGGCACGGUCUCUAGCCUGCAGGAGCUGAUUGACCAUGCCAAGUCCCAGGAGACCGUUCAUGAUCAGCGCGUGGCGGCUUUGUCUGGCGAAAACGAGAGCCUUGCGGCACAAGUGGAUGAAUUGAAGGAGCAAUGUCGCGCAGCUGCGCUCUCAGAGCAAUCCGCUUCUCAGCGCCACGCAUCUGUUCUCGCUGAAAAUGAGAGCCUAGAAGCUGUAGUCGCUCAGCUUCGCGAGGAAUCUAGUGAGUGGCAGACUCUACGGCAGCAAUCCAAGGCCUCGCAGGAUCAACUACAGCAAGUCCUGGAGGAAAAGAAACAGCUUCUGGAUGAGCUUUCCACCAAGAUGCUUUCCAGCUCCAGGAAUGACACGGAGGUGCAGCACCUCAUGGAGAGAAAUGCCGAGCUUGAUAAAGAGAAUGAUACUCUCCACCAGUCCAUUGCGACGUCCGAGGAAGCAUCGCGUGAACUGCAACGCACCUGCACGCAACAAGUCCUGGCUGCUGAAGAUAGCAAGCAGCAGAUGGAGCAGAGCAUUGAGCAGCUAACAUCGCAGCUGUCUCAGGCUAAUGGUGACAAGACGAGUUUGAGCACGGAACUGGCUGCAGUGAAGGAUGCUUGCCAGCAGCAAGAAGCUAUUGUGACCGAGCUUCAGCAGAAACAUGCUCACAGCGAGUCGCAACUGACCAUCCAGCAACAGGCACUGCAGCAGCUGGAGCAGGACUGCUCACAGGCAAGUGCAGCGUUACGCCAAGCAAAGCAGCAGGAGGCUGCGCUCAGCAAUGAGCUCGGUAGCGUCCGGUCGCAACUGACUGCACUGACCGAUGAGCAUCGGUUGGAGCUGAGUCGUCUUGAAGCGCAGGAAGAGAGCGCGCUGGCAUCGCUCACUGCGUCGCACGAGCAAACCCUUCAGCGGUGCGUUGCAGAACGGGACAGUGAGCAUGCCACGGAAUUGGAACAUGUCCAGCAAGCGCAUGACCAAGCAAUGGCCACUUUCCGUCAACAAGCCGAGUUCGACUUGAACAAUGCAAGAUCUACAUUGGGUAAUCAGCUACAGGCUGUUGAUAAUCAGCACCAGGACACUCUGCAGGCAGAACGGGAUCGUGUGCAGGAACUAUCAGAACAGCUGGCCAGUCUCGAGAGCUCACUGGACGCUAAGACACGUGCAAUUGCGGCCGUGAGCCGUGAGAUGGGCCUGGAUGACGGUGCUGAGUCGACGACAACGGAGGAACAGACGUCGGUGCUCGCCGCACGUGUCAAACACGCCAACGAAACGGCGUCCGGAAUGCGAGCCGCCCUGUCCAGCAUCAUGCAGCAGAUCAGCGGAAGCACUGUGGCCGCUGAUCAGCUGGAAGAUCAUGCCGCAUGCUUUGACCUAGCGCAGCAGGAGCUGCAUCGACGCGCCGAGGCACACCGUGCCACCGAGCAACAUCUCCAACAGGAGCUGCAGCGUGCCCUCGAGCAAGGUGAGGCCGUGCAGACAGCAACCGAACAGCAGCACCGUACUGCCCUCGCGCAAGUCACGCAUCAGAUGCACGAGCUGCAGGCGAGGCUCAACAACGAGCAGGGCGUCGUCAGCAUACUGCAGGAUCAGGAGAUGGCUGAGGUGGAGCGCGUGCGACGCGAGUGCGAUGAGUCCUUGCAGCUGGCACUGGCCGACCAUCGCCAGGAGAUGGCCAGCCUUACAGAGCAGCAUGCCGACCGGCUGAGUACGCUGCAAGAUGACCAGCGCCGUGCCUUAUCACAACUACACACCGAGCACAAGGACAUGGUUCAACAACUGGAAGCAUCCCACGCUGAACGCACCGCAGAGCUCCAAGCAAGGCACACGCAGCAAGUAACUGCUGCUGAAGACGCUCUACGGGUAGCACAGGAGGAAAACGGGCAGCUCCGAAACGACUGGCGUAAACUCGAACAGGACCACGAAGCACACAAGAAGACUCUAGCUGAGCAGCACGAUAGCGAGCUGAGAGAAUUGCAAAGCGGUUUUGAAGCCGAGCGCCAGACUCUACAACAGACUACAGACAACACCCUGGCUGCUCUUCGUGCUGACCUGGAACAGCAGCAUGCUGUGGCAGUGAGUACUUUAGAGGAGGAUCUUUCCAGGGAACAUGCAGCCAAUCUGGCGAAGAACAAUCAGGAGCUGCAGGAGGAAUAUGCCCGCGAGCUGCAUGCCCUCAAGCAGCGAUCGACCGACGAGCUAGAGGCCACCAGAACCGAACUGCUAGCCGCUGUUAGUCAGAAGGAGCUGCUUUAUAGCAAGGAGAUCGAGGAGCUGACGCGAGAACUGGAUGCGCAGCAUGAAAACCAUGAUGCAUCCGCCCUGUUGGAUGACCAGCGUGCACUGCUGGAGACGGAGAAAGAGCUCGCGCUGCAGCAGCGUGCCAUGUUGCAAGUCAAGGCACAGAAUCAGCAAGACAUGUCGAGGUUGGCUGAGCAACACGGUGCAGAGCUUGACGAGGCACGCUCUUCCUUCCAUGGCGAGCAGCAACGUCUGGAGCAGACCAUAAACAAUCUAGAUACGGCCCUGAAAGAGCAACAGGCUGUAUGCAAGCAGCUUGAGCACUCUCUACAAGUGUCGGAGCUAGCACUUGAAGGCAAGAACUCUGAGCUGACAUCUCUUACGUCUACGGUGGAACAGUUACAGAAAAGCUUUGAUCAUGAAGUGAGUGCACGUCAUGACGACUCCACAGGUAGACUUCAGCGCCGGCAUGAGCUGGAAAUAGCUGAGCUGCGGUCAGGCCUUGAAGAGCAGCAUGCCGCUGAGCUCCAGAAUGUCCGCCUGGAAACGGCAGAGCAAACAGCAGAGCAAACAGAGGCUGAGAUGAAGCGACAGUACGAUGAGCAGGUACAGCAGCUAAUGUCGAGUCUCCAGGAGAAGCACGACACGUCCAUUGCUAAUGUGAAGUCACAAGUUGCAGCAGUGAAGCAGAGCGAGUUAGAGGAGCAGCUGAGCGAAGCUUUGGAUGAGCUACGCACCGAACUUGAACAGAAGCAUGCAGUUGAUAUUGAGGACGUGACGAGGACAGUUGCCUCGGAGAGUGAUGCCCAGCUGGAGAUUGUGAAGGCUGAUUUUGCCGAGAGGCUUCAAGCGAUGACUGCUGAGAACGAGCAGCUGUCGAUGGAGCAGGAAACUCGGCUCCGUGGCCUGUUACAGCAGCAAGCCAUUGAAUGCGUGCAGCAUGUGAAGACUGGUUCACCAAACGAUGAUGGAGAGUGGCACAAUCUCACCGAGGAGCUAUUGCUUUGGAAGAGUAACAUGGCAACAGAGCACCAGCAAUCAUUGGAAGAACACGACGAGGAAGUUGUCAACACCAUGAACAGACUGAAUGCUGGCGAACCCCUGGAGGUUACCACCGGUGGUCAUGCGUAUGUGCAGCAACUGAUUGAGUGGCACACAAAGAUGACCACCGAUCGUGCACAGCUUGCACGUCUUGCAGCACAGAUUGGCCAAUUCGAACAGCAGGUCACUGAGCUGGUGGAGCAGCAGAACCAGGAGCUGGAGAAUGCCUUGGAUCAGCAGCGGGGCACGCUGAUCGCCGAGUACAUGCAGAAGUUUGAGGAGAUGACUCAGCAGCUAGAGGAGAGCCACCGGUCGCAGCUUGGCCAUGAAAUAGACGCGUGCAAUCAGCAGUGGCAGGAUAAACUCCAGCUUGCCGUCGAUGAGCAGAACACAAAGGUUGCCGACGCACUGGGCAAGACGGCCACGGAGAGCCUUGCCACUCAGAAAGCAGACUACGAGCAGAUUCUGAGCAGGCUCAAUCAGACCGUGGCCGAGCAGCGCGAUGAGUACGAGGGGAGGCUCGCGGCUGCAGCCGAUGCACAGGCGCAGCUGGAACAAGCUGUCAGCCGCCUGCAGCACGAGCUCGCCACCUCUAGGACCCAGUGCAAUGAACUGGCAGAUACGCUGCAGGAGAAGACCCAGCAGUCUGAUGCUGCUCUGAGCACAUUGAGAUCCGAGCACAAGCUUGCCGUCUCCCAACUGGUAGCCGAUCUAGACUCACGCCAUCAGCAGCACUUGGAUAGCGUCCGCAAGCAGCUAGUCGAAGAUAAGUCUGAAGCGAUAGCAGCGACUGUACGGCAAACUGAAGAGGAAGUGUCUGUGCCCCUCAAACAGCAGUUAGCUGGUGCAGAGUCAGUAAGAGCAACACUUGAGCAGCAGCUCACAUCUAUGCAGCAGCAACUUCAAGAGGCGCAGGCCGUGCAUCAAAAGUUCGUCACGAGCCACCUUGCCACAGCCAUUGCCGAAGCGGAAAAGUGGCAAAACUCGUGCAAGACAGCUUUGAUUGAGCGAGAGGAUGCCAGGAACUCAUGUACAGCAUUGCAACAAAGCUGUGAUGAGCAGUCGUCCCGUAUCUCUGGCCUCGAGCAGCAGAUUACCUCCCUCAAGGACGGUCUCAGGACAUUCCAAGAAACGGAUGAUGACCGCGACAGUCGCCGCAACAACGAGAUUGAGGAGGUGAGCAACUUGCUGCGUAUGGUGGAGAGUGACAAGCGGCGCCUGGACAAGCAAGUGACAAGCCUAACUGCUGCUAACCAACAGCUCAUGGCCAUUCUCUCUACACUGGCUAAGUCAGUUGGAAAGUCCAACGAUCUCCUGUCUUCUCACCGCCGUCGCUUACAGCGGUUUUCUGCUAGAGAGCCUCCUGAAGGUCAGCAGCAGACAACCCAGGCACAACAGACAACCCAGGCACACCAGCAUCAUCGAACCACGCAGCAAUCUGCUGUGGUCAGCCGUCCGGUAAGCGGGGUGCAGGCCGUGGUGUCGCUGGGCGAGAGUUUUGCCGAUGCCCAGCGUGUAGCCAGGGACUCUCUUGUCAGUGCUGCCCCGCUGAUGUCAUCAACAUUGGUAUCAGGUGGUGCAGGCAGUGGUGGUAGUGGUCCUGCUGUACCGUUUGAUAGAUACACGACUGUAUCGUCAUCGUCCAGUCAUGCCACGCUGCGCAGUAUCUCAACAACCGUGGACAGCGGUCUUGGCGGCGGUGUCACCUCCAGCACUAGCACCGGCUCUGUCAAUGAUCCUACGUAUUACAGGCCUCUAGAUGGUGCUAGCGCUACUACGGGUCCUGCCAGUCUAGUCAGUGUGGACAGUACUGCUGCGCGUCAGUCUCCACUCGCCGAUGCUCGGUCACCGCACGCCGCAAGCAGCGUGGGCUCUGGAUCUCACGACGACGAAGACGACAACGUAGAGGAGCUGCUAUCGCGCACUCUGAUGGCCGACCAGUCGGUAUUGCCGCUUAGCUUCAGUGAUCUGCCACCGUCACGGCUGAACUUCAGCUUUGAGCUUGCCGAGCCAGCAUCAUCUUCACAAAUCGGCCCUGCUCUGGAGCAGGCUGUGCAGCAACUUUGGCUGCCAGCACAGGACUCGACGGCUCCAUUGUUUGAUGCGAGUGCCGAUCUCAGCCAGGAUUUCAACGAGAGUGUAUUUGAAGGUCCGACGCUGGACGAGGGAUCCGAAACGUUGCUGCAGCACAUCGGCGAUGAGCUACUGAAGUCUCUGCAACAAGUCCUGGCCGUGCAUGCUGAACACUGGAGCAUGCAGCGAGCAAUCGAGCAGAAAGCCACUCAGCAGGAUGACUACAUCCGCCGGCUAUCCACUCAACGCAGGGAACUGGAAGAGCGCCUCGAAGCCGCCGUCAGCUCAGCGAUGUCAUGUCGCGCGGAAUGCGACCGCGCUGUGACAGACCUGCAAGAGCAGCACGCAUUGACAGUGAAAUCCAUGGGCGAAGAGCUGGCUGCAGCUCGUGGCCAGCUUAAGAGUGUGGCAGCAGAGAAAGAAGCUCUGCGGCAGAGGCACACUGAUCUGGUGCAGAGCCGGGACAGCUUAGAAGCACAGCACCAGAUAUCCUAUGAAGCCAACGAACAGUUGUCGCAGGAGCGCGAGCAGCUGGGCAAUGAGAUUGCGUGUUUGCAGGAGCGACUGCAGUCAGUGGACAAGGAGAAUGCAGAGCUGGCCAGCAAAGUAGCCAGCAUGUCGCAAGAUGUAGCCACGGCUGCAUUGUGGAGGGAACGCCUGUUGUCCGUGUCGUCGGAGAAUGAUGAGCUGCGGCAGAAACUCGACGAGCACCUGCAGCGUUUGCAAGAACUGGAGGUGGUCGAGGUGAAGCUGCAAGAAAUUGAAGGCGUUCAUGCAGCUAGCCAGGAGCAGCAAGAGCAGUUACAGAGCCAGAUGUUGGUCAGCAACCGUCAGGUUUCGUCACUCGCCGAGCAACUAGACUCUGUAGUGUCAGAGAAGAGUAGGGCACAGCAGGCCAACGCGGACUUACAGCGUGAACUGGAUGACUUACAGCGUGAACUGGAUGGCCUGAGCUCCCAACUGAGUGCUUAUCAGCAGGCUGCUGCAGAUGGCGUCUUGGCGGGUGUGCCCAGCAGGGUACAAGACGACUCGGUCAGCGACUCGCUGUCUAACAUAUCCGAUCUCAGCAGCGGGGAAAGCACUCAGCAGGAGCUUGCCUCGUCGUCUAUUGGCGGUGUGCAUGCUGCGGCGGCUGCGCGGAGCCUGAGGGAAUCGAUCAUGUUGUCUUUGCAGGACUGGGCCGGUGAGUACAGCACUGCGCUGAGUAACAACUUGAACCUGGUCACUGCAGUAGCGCAGGUGCGUGCCGUUGUGGCAGACAAGAGAGAUCAGCUGAUUGCGCACGGCAAGCAGCUAGAGUCCCAGCUUGCCUCACUGCGCCAGGAGCUGGAGACUCGCAUCACAGCCGAUGAUCAGGAGAGAAAUAUCCUUACGGAGAGCAUUGGCGUCUCCAACGACAGGAUUUCUCAGCUUGAGCAGCAGCUGGCCAGGAAGCAAGGGGAGCUUGCCAAGUCUGAAGAUCGCCUAGCGCAAACUGCAAACUCCAAUGAGAGUGACAUCCAGCUUCUGGAGGAAGACCUGCAGCACAAAUACUCGUCUGAGGUUGAGACACUGCGCACACGUCUGCAUCAGCAAUAUCAACAGCAGCUGAAUACUACUCUGGAGACUGUCCAAACAGAGCAUCAAACUCAGCUGGAGUCUUUGAAGGAUGGCCACCUCGAUAUCAUCAACCAACUAGUCGCGCAGCAUGCCCUGGAGAUCGAGAAGGUUGCCCGAGCCACUACGUCUGCCAGUGCAGAGCCGAGCGACUCCGACAGCACCUUACCCGACGACAUUCAUGAUUUGCUGACCAGAGCUGUUGCAGAGGAAUCGUUCACGGACUCUCGGCCAGUCGCAGCGCCGGCUGUAUCUAUUCAAGGAGUCGCCAACCAACUGCGCGCUAGUGCACAAGCUGUUCUUUCACUGAGCGAGGGCUUGCAGCAUCUCCAGUGCGAGGCGCCAUCUGUCUCUGAGCAACUGCGUAGAGAACGUGACUCGCUGCAGACGACCGUGAAUACCCUACAGCAGCUGCUGGCACGAUCCAGCAGCAAUGGUGGGGAUAGUGGGGACGGUGACUCGUUGCGUAACGACAUCAUUUCCACGCUGCAGCAGCUGUUUGCUCAGCAGCGCGAUCUUCUCUCGUCGCACACCAGCAGGACGCCAUCUGAUGCCUGGCUCAAGCAGCAGAGCAUGUGGGAGAGCGAGCGACUGCUGCUUCAUGCCGAAAUCAAGCAGUUGCAAGCAUCGCUGGACACGUUGAGGCAGGAAUCACAGCAGCACGCAGCUGAGCUGCAGGCCAAGCUAGCCAGCGCUCAACAGCAUCACCACAGUAUGGAUCUGAGCAGCAUUGAACAGCUUCAGGCACAACUAGCCAGUGCUCUGCAGCAGGCUGCUCUUUCUCAGUCCAGGCUGGCAGAUGAAAAACAGGCCAGCGAGGAUUCACAGGCCCGCGUGCAGUCGCAGCAGUCUGAGCUUCUCGCGUCUCAGGCACGGUGUCGAGAUCUUGACGAGCAACUUGCAGUCUUGACACGUUCCAACGCUCAGGCUGCACUACAGUUGCGCACCGAACAGCAGCGCGUUGCUGACCUCCACCGUACCCUGGACACGGUGCGGGAAGAGGCUAACCGGACGGCUAGCUCUCAUGGUGCCGGUGAGGCCGCUCUGAAAGCCGCUCUUCAGGAACAGGCUGUGCACAUCGAGGACCUACGAGCAAAGUACAACGAACGCGAGUCCACCCUGGAAGGCCACGUGGCACGUCUUCAAGAUGAAGUCUCUCUGUUCAGUCAGAAAAUUGAGUUGGCAGUAUCGGCAGAGCGUGAGCGUGGUGAGCAACUCUUGGCGCAGGAAGCAGCUGGAGCGACGGAACUGCGCCGCCUGCUGCAAGAAGAACGCAGGCGUUCGUCGGUUACUACGCAACGGCAGCAUGGUGCAGAGCAGGAAGAGCUGCGGCGUUUGUCCGAGCAGCUGCAGUCUUCGGAGCAGCGGCAGCGUGACCUGCAGGCACAGCUCCGCAGCGAGCAGUCCACAGCACUGCAUGCCAAUGAAACCAUACUGCAGCUGAAGGAACAAUGCUCUCGUCUUGGUACUCAGGCAUCGGAGCAGCAGCGCCUGAUUGAUCAAAUUCACGCUGACUUGAGCGAGAGAGCUGCCAAAUGCCAGUCACUGGAGAAACGCUUACGUGAUGCUGAGCGGCGGCAGGGAGACACCGCGGGACAUGAACAGGCUCAGCAGCAGUUACAGUCAGCCUUGCAGGCAGUACAGGCUCAAGUCAAGCAGCUCACUGCCCACCUGGAUAUUGAGCAGAGGACGGUCGCAGAGCUGCGUACCAACGAGCAGCUGCAUUCGGCAUCCUAUGCGUCGCUGCAGCACGACAAGGAACGACUGGAGACGCAGCUUGCCAGCUUGCGGCGCCAGCUCAAGACCGCUAGCGAUGCUCUCGCAGCACGUACCGCAAGCCAGCCACUGCCGCCGGCAACUGAGACGAGCGAGUGCUUCCAGUGUAGGGUCACUGUGCCUCGUCUGGAACGCCAGCACACCGACAUGUCACAGCUAGCUGAACGUCUGAGUCAGGAGCGAGGUCGUCUUCAGGACGAGCUCAACCAGGUACAGGAGAAGGAAAGGCGCUUGCGUCGCGACUACCAGCAGCUGCGCGCCACCACACAGGUCGGCGAUCAGCGCAGCUCUGCCGAGCAGGCCGUGUGGCAGAAAGAGCGGACAUCUCUCUUACGACAGCUUGCCGACCUCAAGUCAGUGUCGCGCUCAGCGGAUGUUGAUCUUUCCAGGAACUACGCCCGUGCAGAGCGAUUCCGGCGAGAGUUGUCUUUCCAGAAGCAGUACCUUCUGACGUUGUUGGGCGGUUUUGCUGACUGUGAGGAUGUCGUUCUUCAACAGGUGGGUGUUGCUCUGCCUAGAGUACGACCGCGCCGUCACAAGUCUGCUGUGCCGAAGAAGGCGAAGAAGGUCAGUCGGUUUGUUGUGGUGGCGCGUUGUGCAGUUGCUGUGUUUCGAAUGAAGCACUUUGUCCGCUCACCUCCGGUGCCACGACCUCUGCCGGCACAGGUAAUUCGCAGCACCGACCGUCUUCUCGCCAGAGAAGUGAAUGCUGAGGCGACGACAUCUUCGUUAGCAAAGCCACGUCAUAAUCACCGGCACACAUCAUCACGGCAUCGCUCCAGUGCAAAGUCUGCAUCCUCGGCGAAGGUGCCCGAGUCCACUGUGCCUCCGUUCAUUCCGGAUGCCGCGAGUGAAGUUGAAUCUAGUCAGAGUGAUGCCGCCUUUAGAGCGCACGUGCAGCGCCUAAAUCGCCUGCAGGACAGGCUGAAUUCGGUGUCCGUGCCGACAGCGGGACCCUCUCAUCGUACGUGAUGACUUUGCUGCUUCGAUGUGUGUGUAUGUGUGUGUGUGUGCGUGCGCGCGCGCGCAUGUGUGUGUGUGUGUGCGUGCGCGUGUGGGUGUGUGUGUAUGUGUGCGUGUGUGUGUCUGUCUGUGUGUGUCUGUAUCUGAGUAGCUGCUGGACAGUGUUCACACCGACUGCAUAGUGUGUAUGCACUGUGUAGGGUUGCUGGUGGCAUGGCAUGUCCAGACUACAGUGAUCCAGGGUACGUGCUACCAAUUCCACAGUCUUUAGGAUACUCACGUCCUAACUUCCAUUGAAUUAGAGAAACUGACACUGCUUACACCGCUGGAAGGUGCGAGCGUUUUCUUUCCGUUUUCUUUCUGUAGCUGCGUAGGACGAUGUAUGUUUUGGUCUUUCUGUCUCUUUGCAACGCCUGCUCUUUGUUGGCCAGCAUACUUCUCGCUGUCCUCCCCAAAUAAUGUCCAAUGGCAUGCACAUGCGGUGACUGCUUUGUCUGUUUGUGCUGUGCUGGUCAAAUAGGAAUUUGCUGAAUCUUUUCUUUUUUAAACAAAACCUGCUCUUUGGACUUUGGUUGAGAUGAUUAUAGGAAUACACUAUGUGCGUUGAUGUCGUCUUGAGUGCCAAUUUGAGAAAUUUUACUUGCCACUAGCUCUCCCCGCUAUUCCCCCCCACCACCAC